AUGGCCUCUCCCCGUCCUGCCUCUCCUCUCACCUCAGGUGCCGAGUCUGGCCCUGACUCCAAGUCCGCCGGCGCUGUCGCCGCCUCCGGCUCGUCCAUCAGCCGUCCCUCCUCUCCCACUCCCCCCGGCGGCCCUCGUGCUGCUAUGCGCCGCCGCGCCGCCGCCGACCACAAGGAAUCUCUCCGCAAUGCUCGCCCGGCUUCUACCCGCUCCGCUGGCGCUGGUGGCUCCUCUGGCACCAUGCUGAAGCUCUACACCGAUGAGAGCCCCGGUCUGCGCGUUGACCCCGUCGUCGUGCUCGUCCUGAGUCUGGGCUUCAUCUUCUCCGUUGUCGGUCUCCACGUCAUCGCCAAGAUCACCCGCAAGUUCUCCGCAUAA